AUGAGAUCUUCUCCUGAAAAGGUUGAAUCGACUAUUAAAUCCCUUGUGAAUCGUUUUACAACUGGUUUAAAAUCGGUCUGCGAUCCACCUCUCAGUAUCCCAGGUGUGGAUCCCCAGGAGGAAGAUGCCCAAUCUCUGGUUGACCUCUUCCUCCGUCUGACACAGGCGUUUCCUGGUGAUGUUGGCUGCCUUAGUGUUUUCUUCCUCAACUAUGUCAGGCUGAAAUCGGGCGAAGCCAUCUUUUUAAAGGUUGGUAUUGUCAUUCAUUUCAUCCAUGACUAUCGAAACGUUAACACUUCCCUUUUUAUGAAUACGAAUGUUAAUAGUAGGUAG